AACAAACUAAAUUUAAUCCCGUAGGAUACCCCUAGUGCGUGAGUGUAAAUAUUGUUAUUUAUCCUGUGGGGAGCCCCUCGAUGUGUAAUUUUAUCUACCUGAGAGCUCGUGUUCGGGUAGUACCCGGGAAGUCACAGCCGAGAUAAGACCUGUUUGGCUUGUUGUUAUGAUGAAGUAGCCUGGGCGGGUACUCAAACUACAUCAGGUUCACAAACUUUCACAAUGUCUGGUAUGCCAGAAUGGAUGGCUGACUUAAUUGAAAAGGGUACAAACGUAAAAGAAUGUCUCGAGAUGUGGCGUCAGGAGCAGGAAUCAAAGAGAGAGCUAGAAAGGGAGAGAUGGGCGCAAGAGAGAGAAGAGCGUCAGGCCCAGAGAGAAAGUGCAAAGUUAGAGGUAGAAAGAGAUGCGAAAUUACGAGCGUUAGCUAUUAGAGAAAAAGAACUAGAACAUGCUAAAAUUGGGGGGUCCCAACCUCAUGAGAUUAAAUGCCCACCUGUUAAGUUACCUAAGUUUGAGGAGGGACAGGACCCUGAUGUCUUUUUACGGUCGUUUGAAAAGAUAGCUGGGUUGCAGAAAUGGCAUAAAUCCCAGUGGGCUAUACGCUUAGUUCCUAUGUUAGCAGGUAAGGCUUUGGAAGCGUAUUCAAGGUUGUCGGAUGCAGAUAGUGAUAACUAUGAGAUUAUCAAAACAGCUAUUCUCAAGAGAUAUGAGCUUACUUCUGAAGAUUACAGGGAAAAAUUUCGUCAGGGUAAGCAGUCAAAUGAUGAGUCAUUUAAAGAUUUUGUUGUUAGGGUAGAAAGGUACCUCAAUCACUGGUGUGAACGUGAGAAAAUAGAUUCAGAUUUUGGCAAGUUGUAUGAUAUGGUCUUGAGAGAACAGGUUGUUAGAAGUUGUCCAAAAGACUUACAGUUGUGGAUUCUGGAGCAUGACCCAAAGUCUAUUGAGGAGGUUGUUGCGUUGUCUAAUGCAUUUCAGGCGGCACAUAAGAGUAAGUAUCUUAGUGGCAAUAGUGUCCAAUUUCACAGUACAGGGAAUAGGUCGACGGGAAAGCCAAACAAGUUUGGUUCGACAAAUUCUCAAGAUGGUAAGUCAAAUCUCAAGUCUCACUUUAAUGCAGGGGAUAGCAGAAAGUGUUUCAUUUGUGAUAGAGUAGGACAUAUUGCGGCAAACUGUUUUCUUAAGAGAACUCAGUCAAAAGGUCUAGACAGUAAAGGUCUGAGAGGCACAAAGCCUGAGAUAAGGUCAGAAAAUGUUAGGUUGUGUUUAGAUAAGUCUGAGUCUAAAGUUGUAGACUAA